CUCUUGCUUGAAAAGGUCAAAUACUAUAGGAAAUACAGUGAAUAUGAGCCCGGAAGAGUCCCUGUGACUUCCCAGUCAAGUUGCCAGCAGUUUCCCACCUGGGAAGAUGGGCACAGUGAUAACCUAACUGCUUCCAAAUAUGUUUGAGAAUGCCCAAGUUAAAAAAGAGAUGUGCAAAAAGAAAUUAGUGGAAAGUAAUAUUUAACUGUGAUCUAAGUCACAGCAGAGUAGGAUAAAAUAUCUGGUGUGUGUAAAUGAAGCACACAUUAAGUCCUAGAAGGAGCUCUACCUGUUUGAGUUUCUACCAAAAAAUCUAAUGUUUUACAUUUUUAGGACCUAUCCGGUAGUUGCCAUUUAUUGGAUCCCUUGGGAAAAUGUCAUUUCUUAACAUAAUUGAGUAAAUUUCACAAGUGAGUAACUCAAGGAAAAAGAGAUUCUGAUUGUUUAAGGUCCAGGGAAUUUUGGCCAUAGCACAGGUGAUCAUGAGCUGAGAAAACUCACCCAGCCUCGGGAGUCUGAAGCAGCCCCCUCCCCUCACUGCUGGAGUGUCUCCCAUGGGAGCAGGUGUGAAACAUCGUGUGUGCGGUUAGGGACUUGGCACAGGGGGAGCAGCAGGAGAAAGCAAGAGUGAUGUCUCAAGGCCACCCCAUGAGGCAGCUUUGGGCAAGGCCAACCCUUUUUGGUAGCAUCCUACCCCAAAAUAUUUUCUCCACAUUGCCUGACUUUUUGUUUUUAACCUUAUUUGUUAUACUGCCAUAGAGUUCAUUUGCAGUAACAAGUAUCUUCAAAAAAAAAAAAACAAAAAACAAGCACCUUAUGCCCACUUUUCUUCUUCAUUUCUCCACAUCCCAAUCUCAGCUUUCCUCUAAAUCUUAGCUCAAACAGCACUUCCCUUUUAGAAGUAAUUGAUCCAGUUGUCACUUUCCACGACAUGCGGUCUGACUCACAGCAUUGAUCACUUGUGGUCCCUGGGGCCUGUGGGCCCUUGGACCGUGUGGAUCUUGACCUGUCCCUCCUCACACGCAGAUAGGAGCCUGCACAGUGCCUGGCCCAGAGCAGGCGUAAAUGUGUGCAAAUGAAGGAAUAAAUAAUCGGCAGCAAUUACUUCUUGCGGGGGUGGGUGGCAUGUCUUUCAAAUCUCAGCGGGAAUAGACCAACUCUGCUUUCCUCCUAAAACCCAGACAUGGACCAGUUUGUGGGGCUGGGAGGGGAGGUGGCGAUAUCAACACGCUGAACCCUUUGUAAGAGGUGGUGGAGCGGCCGUCCCGGCGGCGCAAGCAGUUAAGUGCAUGCGCUCUGCUGCAGCGGCCGGCAGUUCGCCGGUUCGGAUCCCGGGCGCGCACCGACGCACUGCUCGUUGAGCCAUGCUGUGGCAGCGUCCCAUAUAAAGUGGAGGAAGAUGGGCACAGAUGUUAGCCCAGGGCCAGUCUUCCUCAGCAAAAAAAGAGGGGGAUUGGCAGAUGUUAGCUCAGGGCUGAUCUCCUCACACACACGAAAAAUAAAUAAAAAUAAGAAAAAAAUAAGACGUGGUGGAAAAGAGCACAGGAAGGCAGGUGAAGGAGGACCAAAGAUAAAUGCAAGACAUUUGUUAUUUGUUACUGAGGGAUGGGGCAGAAUGUUUUCUUCCUUAUUCUCCUCCUUCCUGCGUUGUAUGGCCUGUUACUCCCAGGAUUUGGAACACAGGCUCGUGUGGUUAGAGUUUAAAGUUAUGAGCUAAAUGGGGCUCGGUGAUCCAGCUGGAGUGCCUGCUGCCCUUUGACAAGACACUCUUGUGGUUCCACACUAUUGAUAUAGGCGUAUUUGGGGAAUGGACUGGCUUGGGUUAGAAGAAUGCCUGUAGGUUGACUAGAACUGCACAAUGAACUAUUUGUGAUGUUAAAUUUAUAUGGAAACCGGUGAAAUCUUUUAGGAUCAUGUGAUAACAUCUUUUUUUUUUCUCCUCUCAGGAAAAUGGCAGACGGUUUUUCGCUUAAUGAUGCCUUACCUGGGUCUGGAAACCCAAACCCUCAAGGAUGGCCUGGUCCAUGGGGAAACCAGCCUGCUGGGGCAGGGGGCUACCCAGGGGCCUCCUAUCCUGGGGCCUACCCUGGACAGGCACCUCCUGGCCCCUACCCUGGCUCAACAACACCUGCUUAUCCUGGACCAAAUGCAUCAGGAGCCUACCCUGGGCAACCAGGUGGGCCUGGGGCCUACCCACCUCCUGGACCACCAGGUGGGCCUGGGGCCUACCCGCCUCCUGGACCACCACAUGCUCCUGGAGCCUACCCUGCUGCCGGCCCCUAUGGCGUUCCUGCCGGACCACUGACUGUGCCUUAUGACCUGCCUUUGCCUGGAGGAGUCAUGCCUCGCAUGCUGAUAACAAUUCUGGGCACAGUAAAGCCCAACGCAAACAGAUUUGCUUUAGAUUUCAAGAGAAGGAAUGAUGUCGCCUUCCACUUUAACCCACGCUUCAAUGAGCAGAACAGGAGAGUCAUUGUUUGCAAUACAAAGCUGGAUAAUGUCUGGGGAAGGGAAGAAAGACAGAUGGUUUUCCCAUUUGAAAGUGGUAAACCAUUCAAAAUACAAGUCCUGGUUGAAGCUGACCACUUCAAGGUUGCAGUCAAUGAUGCUCACUUGUUGCAGUACAAUCAUCGGAUGAGAAAUCUCAGGGAAAUCAGCAAACUGGGAAUUUCCGGUGACAUAAAUCUCACCAGUGCUUCGCACACUAUGAUAUAAUCUUAGAGAGGCAGAUACUUUUUUAAAAAAUGAAAUUGAAUGUAAACUUUACACAAAGUUUUCAUGUUCAACAUGAGUGAAAAAUUUUACCUUUAUUCAUCAAUGUCUUUCUUAUAAAUCAUCCACUUAAUAAAUAUUCUAAUAUUCUGUC